AUGCUCGGAGACGGCGACGACGUGGCCGCGCAGGACGAGAGCGGCGGCGAGGACGAGUACGGCGGCUACGCGCCCCUCGGCGCUGGCGACGAUGACAACAUCGACGACGCCCAGCAGGCCGCAGCCGCCGUCCAAGGCCUCGAGGGGCUGGAGGUGCACGCGCAGAUGGCCAGGAUUGGCGUCGCCCUCUACGUCUCGGAGGAGGAGCAGCAACGGCGCAGGGCGGAGGCGAUGGCCGCGUUCGAUGCGCGAUACCAGGAGGAGGUGCAGGUGGCGGCUGCGGCUGCGGCUACCAACGAGCGUUUCCCCGCGUUUUCGGCGGACCACAUCAAUGACAUCAAGGAGGCAAUGCGGGGCAUAUCGCUCCCCGUUGAUGCGCCAGCGUGGGCACAGGGGGGCGGCAACAAGAAGGGAGGAAAGGAGAAGGGAGGCGGGGGCACUGCUGGUGGGGCGGUCCGACACCAGCAGCUGCUGGCCAAGCUGCCGCUCGCUCUCCCCACCGACCACCUCACCCGCGACAUGAGCGGCCCGACCCCCUACUCGAAUUGGGUGGUGCGGGGCUGUUUGCUGGUGGGCGCCUACCCGCUCAAGCCCUACAUGACCGAAGCCAUCCUCAAGCAGGGCACGCGCCCUCUCCACUGGGUGACUGUGUUCGUGUGCCUCAUGGAGGAGAGCGAGUUUGGCAAGCACGGGAAGCACUACUUUGACGUCGCCAAGUCCAUGCUCGACUCCCGACCCUCCGACUUUGUGCAAAAAUCGCAAGAGCUGCGAUACGUGCACCACCCGAUACCCGAUCGUAUGAUCGGCUCCGACGAUGCCACGCUUGUCCUUGUCGAGAAGAUCCUCGCCUUCCUCCGGGCAGGCGAGAUGGUGUACAUUCACUGCUAUGGCGGCCACGGGCGCACGGGCAUCUUCGCGUCGGUGCUGCUUGGUCGGAUACACGGCAUCGACGCCGAGAAGGCUCUGCAGCUGUGCAAGCUCUACCACGAUUGCCGGCCCGACGUGGAGGGCAUCAGCGCCAAGUCCGUGCCCUCGCCUCAGACCCACGACCAACGCGCUCAAGUGGUCCGCCUUCUUCGUUGA